GUAAUCGAACACUGACGACAACCUGUCACUGUCCUGUCACUCUUCUUUAUUGGUGUAACCGAUUACCGCCCACGCCCUACCGGUGAUUUGCAUUGCUUACGUAGAAGCGAAGAUCCCCAUGAUCACAAAACAACAAUUAAAUCAUAAACAAAAACUACAUAAUCUAGAGGACUGGGUGAGUAACAUCACAGAAGACAAGAACUCUCAAUCGCUAAUAGAGCCUCCUCUAUCAUCUGUUCACCUUUCUUCUCUAAUUGCCCCUCCCCCUCCCCCUCAUUUUCGGAAAGUAAGGCCAGGAAACGAUGCAUCAUCAUAUCGUCGCCAUUGAGCGUGUCCAUCAGCCCCUCCCAGAUACAUUCGACUUCCCUCACACACUCACCACUUACCACCGCACCGACGCAUCCCAAUUGGCAGAACGUCUACGCGAUGCUACCAUCCUCAUCGUGACUAUCGUCAAAAUACCCGCCGAGGUAUUGGAUCCCGAUGUAACGCCGAACCUACGUCUCAUCGCUAUCAUGGCGACCGGCACCGACCCAGUCGAUCUUGUGGCUGCCCGCGCUCGUGGCAUUCGCGUCACCAACACCCCUGCUGCCAAUAUUGAUGCUGUCUCCGAGCAUGCGCUUAGUCUGUACUUCGCCGCACGGAGACGCACCGUGAUCCUUGAUGCUGCGACCAGGGCCGUGCCGAGCGAGUGGAAGGCGAAGAACUCCCUGACCCAACGGCUACGUUUCGGGGACGGCAAGCCGCCAUUGACUUGCGGGGAUGAAGUCUUGGGUAUCGUGGGUUACGGUGGUCUAGGGAAGCGAGUUGCAACGCUCGGCCGCGCAUUGGGCAUGCAAGUGCUCGUCGCUGCACGCAAGAACGCUACUCCAUCUGCAUCUUCUACUGCUACUGCGAUUGAUAAUGGCAAUGCACCAUCCCUGAAGAAUGCUCUUGCACCACCUGCAACGGCAGCUGCACCCGACGAGAGCCGCAUUCCCUUCGACCAGGUCCUGCGGCGCAGUACCGUCCUUGUUCUAUGCCUGCCGCGCACACCAGAAACCAUAGAUCUCAUCUCUGCAGCAGAACUCGCCGCCAUGUCUCCAUACUCCGUGCUCAUCAACAUAGCACGGGGUGGUAUCGUCAACGAGGCCGCCGUGGUCGAAGCACUCAAGGCCGACCAGAUUGCAGGCUACGCCACAGAUGUCUUCGAGACAGAGCCUGUCGAGGAGGAUAGCCCGCUACUGUCUGAAGAGGCGAAGGCCCUUAACAUCACCUUGAGCCCUCAUCUGGCCUGGUUCUCCCAGCGCACCCUCACCAAUCUCGGCCAGAUUUUGAAGACUACCGUCGAAGCGUGGGUCAAGGGCGACCCCAUCAACGUCAUCGUAUGAGCCUCCACUACUC